GUGUUGAGGCGUUUCCAUAGCACCAGUUAAAUGUUAACGUAGAUAUUAAACUCGAUGAAGCACUCAGUCCUGAACACCUAGAGUUCAUCAGGAGGGUAUGUGCUGUCAAGUAUAUGGCCAGUAGGGGGGUUAAUAUAUCAUUAGAUAAUGCUAAAGACUAUGUGGAGACGGAGCAAUGGAAAACUUUUUGGGAAGAAGUCUGGGCUAUUACUCCCUCCCGUGGAGAGCCCAGUAUAUGGGAAUACAUGAUCAUCUCCACUAAACGCUUCGAGUUUGUGUCUAAGGAGGAAUCUAUCCUCUACCUGUCCAAGAUUGAGUUGUUCAUGGAGAUGGAGAUGGCUAUCAGCAUGAACCAGAACCAGUCACUGCUUUUCAGGGGAACUCCUGAGUAUGAUAUGGUGAAAGCUGCAGCCAAGAAGGCUAUGAAUGCUAACCAUGCUCCGCCCCAACCUACAAUCGCUCAACCCCCUGGGGGGAUAAAGCGCCUCACUGUAGAGGAGAUCAUGGCCCUAGAGGAUCAUAGAAGAUACAAUACCUACCUAACCUUAAUUAAUAAGUGAUGUGUAAUUGAUUGAAUUGAUCAAUCUGAUUGAUUCGAUUUUUUUCUCACUCUUCUGAUCCAUUUCAGAUAGAA